GUAGGUUUAUUCUUCGAGCCCGUAAUUCGAACCCCUUUGUCGGCCGACCAGUGCAUUGUUAAGAAGCAGUGAUCUAGAAAUCCGAUCACCUAGAAUGGUCGCCGUCUGUUCUCUUUGUCCGGAUUUAGGAUACCAUUGUAUUAUUACCUAGAACAUGAUGCUCUCGGCUGUGGCCGCCAUAGUGGCCAUCGCUGUUCUCGCGGUCGCAUGGCUGUUCCACAUCAAUGCGGCCAUGCAAGAUGUACCCGAGGGCGCGCACAGAGCGUCGCCACACCGCUGGACCAAACAGCAGCUCCAGGACACCUACGAGCGGGUGAAACAGAAGCCAGUUGAUUUCACCAAACUUUUACCGCCACGUCUGGGAAGGCGCUAUGUCGUGGUUGGCGGAUCGGGCCUCGUGGGAGGAGACAUUGUCUUGCAGCUUCUGCAGCGCGGCGAGUCUCCCGAGAGCAUUCGCAUAGUCGACUUCGCGCCCAUCAAUCGGCGGGACAUGCUCGAGGCGGCCGCCCGCUGUGACUUUGUGAAAGCCGACAUCGCCUCACGCUCGUCUGUCGAGACCGCCUUCGCCAAGCCGUGGCCAGGAUCCGUUGCCAAGCUGCCCCUGACUGUCUUUCACACGGCAGCUGUUGUUCGGCCGCAGGAACGUAGCCUGCUGCUCUACCACCGCAUCAGCCGCGUGAACCGAGAUGGCGCCGUGAAUGUCCUCGAGACUGCCCGGGCAGCCGGCGCCGACGUCUUCAUCGCGACCUCGUCCGCCUCCGUCAGCAUCGUCCCCCCUAACUUCUGGAUCUGGCCCUGGCAGCGCUCUCCUACCAACUAUUUCCAGGUGGCCGACGAGAAGGAUUUCGACGCUCCUCUGCGCCCGCACCACCUCUUCUUCUCCAACUAUGCCUUCUCCAAGGCCGAGGCCGAGCGCGCCGUAUGCACCGCCAACCGGGACAGCUUCCGCACGGGCACUAUACGUCCGGGCCAGCCGAUCUACGGCCAAAAGACGGACCCCGUGCUCGGGAUAAUACUCCGCACGGGUGACAAUCACACCUGGAUCCCCCACGUCGUGCAAACUUUGUCAACUCGCGCAACGUGGCCCUCGCCCAUCUCCAGUUCGAAGCCGCCCUCGCCCCCAAGGGCGACAACGGCGAACCCAUGCCCGCUUGUGCCGGCCGCACCUUCAACGUGACGGACCCCGGCCCGCCCAUCGCCUAUACCGACCUGUACUACGCGGCCGAACAGCUCUCCGUCACGCCCACCCGUACGCUGCCCCGGCAGCCGCUGGCUUUGCUGCUCGUCG